ACCAAUAAAUGCGUUGUCACAAUGUAGAACAGAACAAGAGCAAACGCAGUGGAGAAAAUGUAAAGACAAAUAUUCAAGUCAGAAGAAUAGAGAUUUUAUGCAAUUUAUUAGAAUAGUCAGGGUACAUUGUACAGAAUUGGAUGAUGCAAGCAGUGUGUUUCUUUUAGUUUAUUUUGCGUUGAAACCAACUGAAUAAAUCUUUAUUUAAAUAAUGUUUCUAUAGGAACUGAGUCUGUAAAGGAUACUGCGAUGGAUAAUGGCUCAACACAAAAAAUUUAUAUACGUGAGUGAUUUUUUUCUAACGCGAUUUAAUAUAUUAAAGAGAUUUCUUCAUUUCUCUUGAAUAUCUUAAAUUAUUUUUGGAUCAUCUCAUAAUACACAUAAUUAAUUACUUUGUUAUAAACAUUUUAACAGAAGACUCAAUGGACAUUUCAUCCAUGUUAUUGUCCUAUGCACCAAGCAUUGGCUCAGAAAUCUGCGAUGUGAUAAAGCUCUGCCUUUACGGUGAAGUAGAAACUAUCCGAUUGCAUUUCGAACCUGACACCCUUUACUUCGGAGACCUAAUUGUCGGCCAGAUAUCACAGCGCGUACUCCGCCUAACAAAUCCUUCCGCCGUUGCGCCGAUAUAUCUGGAAUGCACACCGAACGCUGCUGCACGCUGUUACCCGAAUUGGAUGAGACUCGAGCCAAAAACGUCGAUCGAAGUUCUUGUCAAAGUUUGCGGCAAUGAAAGCAUUAAACCUAUCUUCAAGUUGCUCUUCAAUGUCGCAGCAGAUUCUUACGUUUCGACCGCGUCAAGACGAAGCCUCGAAAGAAUGAAAGUUGGGAGUUACUUUGUUAAAUGCACGGUGAAUAUUAUUUUCAAGUCCAAGAAGGGACUUUUGAGUAAGUCUGCGUUAAAUAAUUCAGUUGGUAAACAUUUGAGUUCCUUAAUUUUGACUAAUUUUUUUAAUAAAGGCAAAAAGAGUGUACCGACGAAGGUAAUAGAUGACGACGAGGAAAUUCUAAAACGUCUUCUGCGCUCGCCUAAAUGGAAACUAUUAUAUAAAAAUUAUUCAGAAAUAAUAAAUAAAUUUACGGGAAGUGCGAGGUGUUCGUUGAAGAAAUCGAUUUCCUCAACCAAGGCAGCUGUAUUGAUACCUUUAUCGCCUUUACAAAUAUAUAAAGUCUACAUUUAUCCAACCACUUUCGCCUUUGGAAUGGUAGCACCGAAUAGCUCCAACUAUCGUUAUUUGGUUGUAAAAAAUACGAACGACGUGCCAGUGAUGAUACGAUUGAUAAGUUUGUCAACCAAGUGCAUCCACUUUCCGGAAGGCAAUUUAAUGAUCUUGCAACCGAACUCGACGAUGACGAAAUUAAUCGAGUAUUUCGCGGACGAAGUUGGCAAGUUUAACGGAUAUAUCAAUUAUGUGAUUAAUGACAGUCACUUUUUCGAGCUCAAUAUCACUGCUUGUGUUGUUCGCAAGCGACUGUAUAUCGACAAAAGAGAGAUUGAAUUGGGGAAGGAAUGGUCGAGAGAAGAAGUUUAUCAACCAAUAGCCUCUAUUAUCCAAAUUACAAAUAAAUUAGACGCGAAAGUACGUUUCAGAUGGGAAGUACCGGUGACGUCCGGAUUUUAUAUAGAACCGAGAUCGGGUACCGUACGAAGUAACGCUACUCUGCACGUUUACGUGCGCUACGAGCCCGCUAAUGUCAGAGAUAAUUACGUUCCAGCGAUGAUGAAGUGCGAGAGCGGAAGUCGCGUGUCCUUGCGACUUAACGCGCCGCGAUUCGUACCGAGAGUCGAAUUCGCGAAUGACAACGCGAAUCUCGGGGAGAUACCCCUCAAUUUGCCAACGAGGGCGAUCGCCAUUCUCCAAAACUUUGAGUUCAACGAGGUGACAUACGAGGUAGAUAGCGCGUCACUGAUACGCGGCUGCAACGUUAAUCCGCUACGAGGGAAGAUAUCUCCGCGCGGUAUCGCAAUUUUUCAAGUAUACCUCAAAUUCGACGUUUGCUGUCGCUUUUCUACUGUAAUUGUCGUUACGAUUCAAGGGAGUCUACAGUUACCGUUUAGGAUAAACGGCAACGUAUCAUUUCCGCAAUUGAAGCUUUUGCCGCAACAAAUAGAUAUGAAACGCAUCAACAUCGAUGCCUCUCAAAUUCACCAGAUAACAGCCACGAACGUUGGGACAACGUUACUGAAGCUGCAAGUUUUGUUGGAGGAGUAUCCCGAAUUUCGCGUCUCUCUAUCGGAAAACGAUAACAUAAGUACGGAAGGGAUAACCAUCGCCCCAGGUGCAAGCCAAAAUCUCUAUCUGCAUUUUCAACCAGUUGAUCUGGCCAGCUAUGCUUUUUAUUUGCCGAUCAUGGUAAAUCAGUUGCUCGGUCCGGUAUCGAUGCUGAAUCCCAAGAGCGUUCGACCGGCGGAAUUUUUGAAAUCGCGCGAAGCUCAUUAUGUUCAUUUAUCAGGUUUUACCAUGACGCCGUUGCCUGAUAAACUGCCGACUGUAUCUAUCGAUUAUACCUCGGCUGGUCGCGUUGUUUUCUUCAACAAACUUUUGUUUCAAUUCAACGCAGCGACUAAUGAAUGUAAAAAAAAAUGUAGAGUUAAGACUGAAAAGCUUCUACGUUCGACUGAUGUAUCUCAAGCUUAUUUCUUCAUUCUUCAUCAUCAGCUGUCCGAAGAAUUGCUCAUAGAGAGCCGGGUAACGCCGAGGGAGAUAAUAAUAUCGAUAAACAUUGAGGAGUUCAACAAAACUGAUUGCCCGUUCGACAUAACGUGGUCUCAUGGUGCGGAGAUUAGCAGAACACCGGAUUCGAUUGAGUGCACCUUACGUCCUGGCGGUAGCGUCUCCUUCGUUCUCGAGUUCAAGCCGAGGAAACGCGGCAGCUUUACUACGGAGGCGCCGAUAUACGUUCGCGGCGAGCUCGGCGACGGCGUCUUCAAUAAAUUACGUCUCGACGGUGAGUUUCCCGCCAGUUCGAUCGACGUCGAGCCGACGGAGAUAUAUUUUACGCCUGUUCCUCUCGGCACGGCGAUAGAGGAAAAGUUUAAGAUCCGCGCGAAGCACUUCGAUAACACGGCGUUUAUACGGUCGAACUUUUUGACGACGCCGCGAUCCAACGGCGAUUACAAGAACGAGUUGUUACGCGUUGAAUUUCCAAACGGCAACGUCCUACCUCACCAAUCGUACACGGAACUUGAAGGAAGAAUAACGUUCAAAAGCGAUCGACCAGUAUCGUUUUGCGUAACUAUUGAGCUUUCGGACGCUAAUGCGCUUGCCGCGUGUUUUUUAACGGUGUAUGCAACAGCGGAUAAUAGUUUGCUAACGACGUACAUGUACCCUAUAAAGUUCUUUAAUAAGAUGCAUGCCAGAUAUGUCUCAUGUCCGUCAGUAUCAUCGGACAAUGCAACGGACGAGGACGAUCGCGACAUCGAAGAAAUUCCUCAUAAAAGCAAAUACGUGUGCUUCUAUCUUCUCACUUGUCGAUUUUCCAUUCGAAGAAGAAGUUUGACCGAUAAGACGACAGAUUCGAAAUUGCACUGGGACAAAGAAAUAAAUGAUAAUGGAGUAAAUAGCAAGAAUAUGCAAGUGGACGGCAAACGGACGCUGAAUGAUAAAAAACGAUUAUCGAUUAACGAAAAACUUUUGACGUUUUCUAACUCUUUCGGAGCAAGGGACCGCAAACACUUGGAAAGAUUACCGCAUCUUGAUUAUCUCAUCAACAAUAGAAAUAAGUCGAAGCAUCUGUUACCAGAAAAUGAUAUUGAAAGAAUCGAUUAUGUUCUCCAAUUGUAUAAGAAGAUACUCGACUUUCUUCUGUCUGAAGGAGCAUAUUUAGUUCACGUUUCGCCGCAAUUUCUUCUCAAUUACGACGAUUAUCUGAUUAGCAUUGAUAUUGUACAGAACAGUUGUCGAUUACAGGCACGAAGAAAGAAAAUUUUCGAUACGAAUUGUACGUCACGCGAACGGCUGUCACGACAAUUAUUUGAAUCGCGAAAUAAGCAAUGUUGGUUGGAUGUGAUUUUGCAGACGUAUAAGUGUCUCGUGCUCCGUGGAAUACAUGAGCAUAAAUUCUGGAUGCCGCGUUCCUCGAGGAGAUCCACAAUGUAUCGGGAAUCGAUAGUGUCUACGUCGAGGUUCGUUAUCGCUUUACGUAAUUUUACAAUCGCAUCUCUAAUUGAGUAUACCCCCAUUUUCCUUCCUAGCUUGCCAAAACAAUACGAAUUCCACGAGAGAGCCAUUCAGAAUAUACGAAUUAGUAUCAUAAAUUCAUCAAAUUGCAAAUUUGCUUCCGAUAAUCGUUGUCUGGAAGAAAAGUUUCUGCUGGCUUGGCUGCGAUAUCACUACGAACAACAGCACGAGCGAGAUUGGAUGACCGAUCGCCGUGUAAUCUUGAACCCGCGAGAGAAGAAGGAUGUGGCGAAGCACCACGAGGUCCAGAAUUUUCAUUGUGACUUGUCAGACAGCCUCGUUUUAAUCGCGGUUACUGCGGCCUACUGCCCCUUUCUCAUUGACGAGUGCUUUAAUAAUUUAUACAUUUGCCCGAGAAACAAACAAGAGAUACUGCAUAACGCUGUUUGUCUAACCACCGCUUGGAGGAAAAUACGGCUUGGGUUCAUAAUUACGCCGACGCAAUUAGUUAAUCCGAAUCCAGUGCAAAUGUUAAUGCUGGUCGUUCAUCUUUUCCAAGCUUUGCCGACGUAUGUACCUUGUGCCAAGAUCAAAUUUAGCUGCCCGCUGUCGCAAACCGUAACGAAGCAAAUAAGCGUUUUGAAUCCAACAGACAACGCUGUAAAUUAUUUAUUGUUGCUUGUGAAUGAUGUAAAUCGUUCUUUUACCAUCCUGAAGCCCGUGUCGAUCUUACGUUUAAGCGCAAACGGCAAUGGCCAAGUACACAUCCAAUUUCACGCCAAUAAAAUACGGAAAAAUAGAGCAUAUUUGCUGGUUUGCGGACGAGCUGUUGGACCGCGUUUCGGAAGAAAUCAGACUAUCGUUUUGGAAGGUCACAUCGAUGAUCUAGGAAUUGCGAGCGAAUAUACUAUACGCAGUAAGCUGUACGAGAUUGUUGAAAUGAAUUUGAAAAUCAGUGUACCCUAUCGAAAUGAGGCAGAAUACGAUAUAUGGAUGACGGAGGAACGACCGAGCCACCCCUCGACUCUGAAGAUGACACCAUGGCGUGAAUUGCGAGCCAGGAAAAUACCGAGAAGACUUUUCCUAAAUCAGGAAUCAAUAGUCGUUGCCGAGGGUGCAUCGGAGGCGUAUUUAUCGAUCAGUGUGGCGUGCAUCGCACCUAAGCAACGAACGUUUUGGUUGAUCUUUCAAGCGAAAACGGGUGAUUUCAUUAUUCAAAUCAAUUCGGAUUGGCAAACGUCAGUUAAUGAUCGCAUCAUUGUCAAGUGGACGGCUCAAGGAGAAUGCAUUUGUUCAAAUUAUCGAAAUGGUGUAAGAGACACUUGCCCGUUUAAUAUCAGCGUGCCUAUACCGUCUUGCAACGUUCAGCUUCGGAAAUGUGUAAUCGAGAUGUUUAAAAAGACUUUGGAUUCGCAGGAACGUCUGUUCUGGUCUAAAUACUCGAAAACUCAUAUAGAGUUACGAUUAAUAAAAUGGUUGAUGGGAGAUGACACUGAUUCCGCGGCACUGGAAUUUGUCCAUAUUUUUAAUACUACAGUCACAUAUAAAGUUUCGAUUUCGAAUAAAUUGAGUCCUCUUAUUCUACCAAAAUGUUUCACUAUACAAGGCAAGGUGAUACUGUUCCUUAUAAAUUUUUAAUAAAAAUAAAUUUUUGAUAAAUGUAUGUAUGUACAUCUAGACGUAAGACUGUACAACAAACAAGUUCCAAUGAUCAUACAUAUUCUACCAACGUCUCCGUUGUACGAAGCGACUAUCACUCUCACAUCUUUGGAUGAUGAAGAACUUCGAAUAUACGUCAUCAGCUGCUUGCGAUCGUAAAAUUAUCAUUACUGAUGUGAUUGCACAUGAAGUAAGUGUAAAACAAAUUAGAUACUUACAAAUUUUAAUUACUUUCUAUUUUGUUAUAGGAAAUUUAAAAGUACAUCGAUAAAAAAGGAAUAAAAAUUGAGGAAUAGUAGUAGUAAUUAUAAUUACAAUUUUUGGUUUUUAAUAUGCAGCCCUUUAUUUAACAAUA